CACAAGAGUCGUAAAUCGAAACGUGUUUUGGGUAUUUCAGUGCGAGAGUUCAAAAAAUUAUCACAAUCUGCAAAUUUCAAUUGUAAAAUGGCCAACAAAAAACUGAAGCUCAAACGCCUUCAUGGACAGCGCUCCGCACAGCUCAAGCGAAUGAUUAAAACCUCCGAUAGCCGGCUGAAACCUACCGAUCGGGAUGUCCCGGAUAAGAAAAAGAAAAACAACGACACCGAACUGAAAGUGAUGGAGAAACCCCAGGCCAGCUCGGCCAUGUUCUUCCAGUACAAUACUCAGCUGGGCCCACCGUAUCACAUUCUAGUCGAUACCAAUUUCAUCAACUUCAGCAUCAAAAACAAGCUAGAUAUUCUGAAAACGAUGAUGGACUGUUUGUACGCAAAAUGUAUUCCGUACGUGACGGAUUGCGUCGUGGGUGAAUUGGAGAAGCUGGGUCAGAAGUACAAGCUGGCACUCCGUAUUGUGAAAGAUUCCCGAUUCGAACGGAUCAAAUGUAUGCACCGGGGAACGUACGCUGAUGACUGUCUGGUUCAACGGGUGAUGCAACACAAGUGCUACAUCGUGGCCACCAACGAUAAGGACCUGAAGCGACGAAUCCGAAAGAUUCCAGGUGUGCCCAUUAUGAACGUGGCAAUAAACCGAUACGUGAUAGAACGAAUGCCCGAUGCAUUUGAACCAAUGGCAAAGAAAUAAAAUGUAAUUUUUUUUUUUGUAAAAAUCACGAAUGUU